AUGGCGACGCUGUCCUGUAUCCUGGGUCCCCAGUCAGUUCCAGCUCUCUGUGAACCCCUGCGGAGACCCUAUAUCCUUAUUAUUCUCGCAGCAUCCGAGCGGGAAAUCGGUAGAUCAGAGCCUAGGCGAGUAGGCGCGAGCCGCAGAGGCGCCGAGGGACCCCGGGUUUUCUGGGCUGUGCCUGGUCCCGUGCUUGCCCGCGGUCCCCUGGGCUCCGCCCCGCCGCGCAGCCCGGCCCCUCUCCGGCCGGGUCUCCUCCCCGAGGUGAGGGUGGCAGCGCCACUCCCUCCGCUCCCUCCCCAGCCGCGCGCGUCUCAUUCCAGCGCCCAUUCCGCGCAUUCCUGCCGGGCUCCUUUGCAAACUCCGGCCCCGGGGGUGGGGACCGCCGCAGCUCCGCGCCCCGGCCCCGCAGCCGUCGCCGCGGCUGGAAGACUCGGCGCCCCGCGCGGACCUGCUGCAGCCGGCCGAGCGCUCCCACCCCGCCUCCCGCACUCUGGGAUCGGUCUAACGGGCGCUCCUCCAAGCCGAGCCUUGGAGGGCAAGGCCGGCACCAUUACCUCCAACGAGUGGAGCUCUCCCGACUCCCCCGAGGGGAGCAGCAUCUCUGGGGGCAGCCAGGCACUGGACAAGCCCAUCGACAAUGAUGCAGAGGGUGUGUGGAGUCCAGAUAUUGAGAAAAGCUUCCAGGAGGCAAUGGCCAUUUACCCACCCUGUGGCCGCCGCAAAAUCAUCCUGUCGGACGAAGGCAAGAUGUACGGUCGGAAUGAGCUGAUCGCACGCUACAUCAAGCUCCGCACAGGGAAGACCCGCACCAGGAAGCAGGUCUCCAGCCACAUCCAGGUGCUUGCCCGUCGAAAAGCCCGGGAGAUCCAGGCCAAACUCAAGGACCAGGCAGCUAAGAACAAGGCCCUGCAGAGCAUGGCUGCCAUGUCGUCCGCCCAGAUCGUCUCCGCCACAGCCUUCCACAGUAAAAUGGCUCUUGCCCGGGGCCCUGGCUACCCAGCAAUCUCAGGGUUUUGGCAAGGAGCUUUGCCAGGCCAACCUGGAACGUCCCAUGAUGUGAAACCUUUCUCCCAAAACGCCUACACCGUUCAGCCUCCACUGCCUCUGCCAGGCUUUGAGUCUCCUGCAGGACCUACCCCAUCGCCCUCUGCACCGCCAGUUUCCCCGUGGCAAGGCCGCAGUGUGGCCAGCUCCAAGCUCUGGAUGUUGGAGUUCUCCGCCUUCCUGGAGCGCCAGCAAGAUCCUGACACGUACAACAAGCACCUGUUUGUGCACAUCAGCCAGUCGAGCCCAAGCUACAGUGACCCCUACCUCGAAGCCGUGGACAUCCGCCAGAUCUAUGACAAAUUCCCCGAGAAGAAGGGCGGCCUCAAGGAGCUAUUUGAUCGGGGGCCCUCUAACGCCUUCUUCCUUGUGAAGUUCUGGGCAGACCUCAAUACCAACAUCGAUGAUGAGGGCCGCACCUUCUAUGGGGUCUCCAGCCAGUACGAGAGCCUGGAGAACAUGAUCAUUACCUGUUCUACUAAGGUCUGCUCCUUUGGCAAGCAAGUGGUGGAGAAAGUUGAGACAGAGUAUGCUCGCUAUGACAAUGGCCGCUAUCUGUACCGCAUCCACCGGUCGCCGCUCUGUGAGUACAUGAUCAACUUUAUCCACAAGCUGAAGCACUUACCUGAGAAGUAUAUGAUGAACAGCGUGCUGGAGAACUUCACCAUCCUGCAGGUGAUCACCAAUCGAGACACACAGGAGACCUUGCUGUGUAUUGCAUAUGUCUUCGAAGUGUCGGCCAGUGAACACGGGGCUCAGCACCACAUCUACCGGCUCGUGAAAGAAUGAGAGACUUGGAGAACGAUGGUGGGGGACAAAUCCAGGACAUGGGGACCUGGGAGGGAACCUUCAGGGAUGGCCCCCGGAAGUGCCGAGAGAGCUGAGCAGAGGAGAAAACUGCCUGAUCUUGCAGUGCCCAACCCCCAAUAAACCCAAGGUGUCGAGUGUUUUCAGAGGAGCUGGUCUGGCUGUAUGAGCCCAGAAGGGCAGGGGAGAAGGGGGCACCAGGAAGCAAGCUGGAAGCAAGCCCAGAGAUGCCUCCGGAUGGUCCAGGAGCCAGAACCCCAGUGGACUCAGCCAGGCCCUUAUCACCAGACACCAAAGCUCAAGACCCAGUGGUCCCUUCUCAGCUGCCGGAACAUUCUGCUUUGGUCACACUAGUGGCCCGAGGACAGAUGGCAUGUGGGUCACACAGCCAGAGACGCUGUGUAUGACCAAGUGUGCACUGUCAGCCUGGCCACGACUGCCUGAGGAUAGCUGCAGCAGAGGGCUCCACCCCUGCAAACAGGGCUGGAUUUAGAUGUGGCUGCAACAAAGUCAUUGGCUGGAGACUGGGUAAGAGUUACUCAGGUGGCCCUGCAGUGGCCCUGCAGGGGGCGGUGGCUCCAGACAAGGCUCGGAGGUAGGGAGUCCUGCUUCAGGGCCAGCGUGGGCGCUGCUUGGCCCUGUCAGGCUCCUCAGCUUCUCUAUUAGUGCCCUUUCCACUCUGCUCAGCGCUGGUGAGGAGAGGAUGUCUGUAAAGUACCUGGGUCAUGCUGGGCGGUGGUGGUGCACGCCUUUAAUCCAGCACCUGGGAGGCAGAGGCUGGCGGAUCUUUGAGUUCCAGGACAGCCAGGGCUACACAGAGAAACCUUGUCUUGACAAACAAAACAAACAAAAAAAGUAGCUGGAUACUGUGCCAGUUAAAUGAUCUGGCCCUCAGCCCCAGCCCCUUGCUUCCCUCCCUCCGGAAGGCUUGGAUCUGGCUCUCUGCUGCCCUCUCAAGGCUUUCUGGUGUCUGCUGCCCCAAGUGGAGCCUCAGGAAGAAAGAUUGAACCUGGGCGUGUUUGUGUGUGCCCAGAACUCAGGGAUGUAUCUGUGGUGGCGCAGAAAUGGGCAGGACAGUGUUGAGGGGAUGCUACAGAGGUGAGAAACGAGGGCUCUGGAAUCAGUCUAACCUGACUUUGAUGUGCAGCCUCUGAUGUGUUAAUGUCAUGGUGCCUCAGUUUUCCCAUCUGUAAAAUGGGUAUAACACUCACCUACCUCGUGUAUGAACGGUGCCACAUAUAGUGCUGAGCACACCCACAUGUUCAAUAAAUAUGCAUCGGUACUAACCGUGGGAGCUUUCAGCUCUAGCUGAGGAGCCAGACUCGGGAGCUAUGCACUGGGGUGGGGGGUGAUCCUACAGCAACUGCCCUUCAGAUAGGGGGGAUCCAGGGGUCUCAGGGAAGAAAUAGGCCUUGAGGGAACAAGUUCUGAGAGGAGGAUGGCUAAUAUUUAUUGAUGCUAUUUCUGUGGGGAUUUUUGGUGCUGGAAUGGACCCCGGGGCUUGGCACAGGCUGAGUUACUGUGCCAGAAGUAUGCAUACAGCAUAGGGAAGGAGGAGUCUGGCUGCAUCUCAGAUGAGGAAUACAGACAAGUCACCCAGUCUUUCUGUAGCCCCCAAAUUCCCUCUCCUUAACUGGAAGCAAUUUAACCCAUCCCUCCCCACCACGUUAGGACGGUGGCUACGGACCUGCUUCCUACUGCACUGUGUAGAGAUCCUGCUGUCAAAGGGGGUCAAGGGUCCCAGAAAGACUGCUGCAUCCCCGGCCCUGUGACGAGGAUUCACCCCUCUGUGUAUGUGCAGGCCUGUGUUUGCAGCUCCCUCAAAUUUUAGCCCAGGCCCUCUCCCCCUGUGUAUGCUGCCUGGGAGCAGCAUUCUUGGAAAGCCUCAGCCUCAGACACUUCAGACUUUUAACCCUUUCCUGUGCGAAGCAGGUCAGUCCAGAUGUCGGGUCCCGGUGUGGAUCCUAAGCUUUUCCUGUGCGAACUGACCUCAGUGGCCUCACGGAGACUCACCACAGAAGACAGUAGUCUUAGCUGCCUCUCCUCUCGACUCAGUGUGGCACUGGACUAGGGCGCCUCCACCCCACAAUGAUACUGGGCUGGCGCCAUGUUUUUUUCUUUUUGUAGAUGAGCUCACCCUCUCUGGUCUGGCUAAUAUUUCCAGUGAUCCUCCUGCCUCAGUUUCCUGAGGAGCUAGGACUACGGGUGCUCACCACUGUGCCCAGCAGUCCUAUUUUGAAGAUUAAGGAAGUAAGGCCCAGAGAGCUUAAGGAAGUUGCUUGGGUUGUUGGUGUAUUUUUUUUUCUUUUGCUUUGUGAGUAGUUGUUUAAUUUCUGAGAUGUGGCAGGCCCCGGGAAUGUGUCCAUGAGCAAGACAGCCAGGGUGGCUAUGAGCUUACUUUGGACUAAGGAAGGGGUGACUGGAGGUGAGUUAAGGAGACUUGUAGGCAGUGGGAAAUGCUGUGGAGAAAAGGGCACCAAGGUUAGCGUCACUUUAGGGGAGGCUGCUGAGGCCCAGAAUCUGCACUAACUCUUGAACUACGCACAAGUGGAUCCGAAGGAACAUUCCAAGGGAGAAUGGAGAGUCCUGGAGACAGGGAGGGGAUGGGUGUGCCCUGGGGGUAUGUUGAGCAACAGAAGUUGGACAUACCUCCGGCCAGCAUGGCAGGUAGAAAGGCAGGUGGUUCAGUCUUUCGUGUCCCCUGCACUCCCUGUGCAGAUGUGGACUUUGGAGUUCGCUCAGGGUGGUAGCAAGGCCUGGAGGUGUUAAGCAAGGGAGUACAUUCCUUUGAUGCUAUUUUUAGAGAACUGCCCUAGAGCUGUUGGAGUCUAGAGAGGAGCAAGUGUGGUGGUUCUUGAACCCAUCCAGCACGUUCCCCCAGGCAUUUGGGGGUGGAAACUUUGUUUUCUGGGUAUGUUCUACUUGGCAGCCAUGUGAGAGGCAAGGGAGAGUGGACCAGACAGGGAUACCCAUGUCACCAGGCCUUCGAGAUGACGAAGGGUCCCCAAGUCCUGGGAACAGAGAGCCCUCUACCCUGGGAGUAAAAACCCUCCUGGUGUUACCUAGUUAGCAGGAAAUGUUGGAAAAGUGGUGGUAGGGACAGGUGAAGGGCUUUCUGCCUCACAGGGUCUGACACUAACAGAGUAGAUUAUACCAACAGCGUCAGAGGAAUGGAAAGAACGUGUCCCAACCAGAAAAACAAACACAAGCACAAAACCAAAAACCCAAUAAUUAAAAAUAAAGAAAACAUAAAGAAGCCCACAAACCCCACCCCACCCCCAUGCAUAAAAGGAACUAAUGUGUUUGUGUGUACAAGUAGUGGUGUCGUAGACCUACAGGUGAAGGGGCCUGAGGUGUGGUCUUAUAUCUCUGGUCUGUGGUGCACCCGUCCUUUGCCAGGCUGGGGGUUGAACGCAGAAGGGCUAAGGGUAGGCUGUGACGGGAGGGAGCUUCCUGAGACCUUGGCUACCCAGGCAGAGAACAGAGACAACAGAACAAUGUAGGCUUCUCUCAGGGGUUCUGCCCAGUGGCCACCUGCAUCUGACCCCUGCUGAAAACCCAUUUUCUUUCUUAGAGCUGUGGUAACAGGGGGCAGUGGCACCUUGGAUAACUUGUGAUCUUACAGAUCAGAAAGAAAAUUACCUUUUCCUCAAAGACUUGACUCUAUAUAGAGAAUGUAGUUAACUAAUAUGCCCAGCCAGGUGCCGGGGUGCAUACUUUUAUUCUCCGCUCCAACACACACUCAGGAGGAAAUUGAGGCCAGCAUGAACUACACAGUGAAACCUGAUCUCUGAAAUAAAAAUUCUCUAAAAAUGUCUGAACUCGGCUUUUGUAUAUAUAUUCGUGAGUAAGAAAGGGCACAGAUGGGUGCGGGCCUUUCUAAUGAGGCAGAGCCCAGACAGUGGAAAUGAUGUUUUUUACUCUCACAGAUGUCUGAUAUUCAACUUUAAGGCUUUUGUAUUUUUUUCUAUGUAAACCCCCUUCAUCUCUUCAAAUCUUCAGUAAAGUCUGCUACAAACACA